GUCUGAGCGAUUCGCACGCUACUUGAACGUUUGUCACCGGCGCUUUGGCAGCGCCAAACCAUCAGAGUGUUAUCCCAAACUUCCGACGUUACCGUCCGUGUGUGCUGGCGAAGUGAUUUUAUCACUCCGUGCGUCGUCGGGUCGGUCGGUUCGAUCAUACAAACAGCGUGCGUAGCCUGACAGACAGAGCGACUGACUGACUGAUCGCAGUUGCGUCAGAGAUCAGACUCCGCGCUUGGCUUGUGUAAAGUUUAGUAUCCAUCUAUACUAUAUACACCACAGUAUAAGAUCCGGUGGGCUGUUGUCCGUUCUAGACAGUUGCGAUCUAGCGGUGAAGCAAGCAGCUCUCGUUUGCGAUUUCGGAAGUGCGACUAAUUUUGUUUUUGCGUGCGCGUGAUUUGGUGAGAGAUCAAUUAGCGAUCAUUUUGUUUCCCAAAUUCGAAGGGAGAUUUUUGGAGAUUGCAGUGAUUCAAAGCUGCUGCAAGCAGUAUUCGACCAAUUGGUUCGGUGUUACCGUUUGUUGGUGUAUGCGUGACAGUAGUGGCGGAUAUAAACGGCUAUUCUACUGAAAGUGACAAUUGGAAACAAUCGAAGCAAACACGGGAAGUGUGAAAAUUAGUGCAUCCCGGGAUAAAGAGAAAAACGACAACGGCAGGACGACGACGCGUCUAGUUCGGCAGUGACAGCAGCAACUUUACUAAUCCAACAACGCCCUCAGCUCACGAACCUCACUUGCCGCCGGUCACCACAAGCCGCGUGGUCAUAGUGGCUGUCUUCUCGUUGGAGCAAAGCGAAAAAAACACUAAGUGUCGGCAUCGUUGAUGGGGUCGGUGUUGUGAGAAAUGCCAACAAGAAGAAAAUCGCUGCAAUUAUAACUCGAGUGAGGUGAAUUAGUGAAGCAUAGCGCAAGAAGUUGAAAGUGCGCGAAUUAUCACACUAUUGAGGGAUUUUCGUCAUCGCUGUCCAUUGAAGCAAUCGCGCGGGUUCCAGCAGAAAGUGAGUCGUUACCGACGUUUGUUUUCGUGCGUUGAAGAAGACCAAACAGAAAAGUAUUUAUUCUAUACGCGAGAAUCGUGUGACCCGUGAAAAGUGCCAACCCACGAAAUAGUUAAGGGUCGAAAGAAAAACAUCGCCCACGGUGAACAGACAGAAGUGAAAAAAAAAACAAAAUAAUAAAAGCACAAGUGAGCACAAUGACCGUGGCAGCAUAUCAGGACGUGGCAGCGGCGUCAAAGCUGCAACCAACAACAACAGUAACAUCGACGACGGUCAUCAGCGAUGCGGCCCAGGUCGAGCAGAAGCUGACCGAGAUUCAGCAGUUUUACGAACGGACCAGUGUCUUCAUUACCGGCGGAACCGGAUUUCUGGGAAAAACCUUGAUCUAUAAACUGCUCACAAGCUGUCCAGGAAUUGAAAAUAUAUUUCUACUGGUACGAAGUAAACGCGGAAAAGAUAUAUUCUCACGUGUAGAAGAAAUCUUCGAUGAUGCCAUGUUCGACAAAAUGAAAGUAGCAUGUCCAAAGUACGACCACAAAAUCCGCGCCAUCGCGGGCGACUGCAUGCUCCCGAACCUCGGUAUCAGCCCAUCCGAUCGGGAAGUGCUGAUCGAAAACGCAAACAUCGUGUUCCACCUGGCCGCCACCGUGCGGUUCGACGAGAAAAUGAAAACCGCCAUGCAGAUCAACGUCAAAGCCUGCCGGGACGUCCUCGACCUGUGCUACGAAAUGAAACACCUCAAAUCGAUCAUCUACGUGUCGACGGCGUACACCCAGUGCCCGCAGAAGGUGGUGGACGAGCGGUUCUACGAACCACCGAUCGACUCGAAGAAGAUGAUCUCGCUGACGGAUUGCGUCAGCGACAACAUGAUGGAAAACAUCACACCCAUCUUGCUGGACAAGUGGCCAAAUACUUACACAUUCACAAAAGCUAUCGCCGAGGACGUAGUACGUCAGAACAGCAGGGGUAUGCCGAUAGGCAUGUUCCGACCAGGCAUUGUCAUCGCCACCUAUCAAGAGCCGGUACCGGGAUGGAUCGAUAACUUCUAUGGACCAACGGGAGUGAUUGCCGGUGCAGGCACUGGAGUGCUCCGAACGCUCCGAGCGGACCCAACCAAGGUUGCCAACAUGGUUCCAGUGGAUCUGUGCGUCAACGGUAUCAUCUCGGCUGCAUGGGACAUCGCCGAACGGUUUCGAACUGAAAUCAUGCCGGAACCGGAGGUCCCGGUGUACAACUUCUGCACAGAACCAACCAACUGCAUCACGUGGGGCGAUUUCACCUACACGACGAUCAAAUUCGGCUCGAUGUACCCCACCCUGAAGUCGAUCUGGUACCUCUGCUACACGAACAACCCGAACAAAUUCAUGCACUACCUGUGGUUACUGUUCCUGCACUACGCCCCAGCGAUAUUCUUCGACGUCAUAGCGCUCUUCAUCGGACGGAAGCCAAGGCUCAUGCGGACCUACAAGAAGAUCCACCGCUUCAUGGACGUGAUCGAGUACUUCUCCAUGCGCCAGUGGGAAUUCCAGAUGGACAACAUUAACGCGCUGUGGCGAAAACUGUCUCGGUCCGACCAGAAGAUGUUCUUCUUUGAUAUGCGCCAAAUCAACUGGGACUUCUUCCUGGAGCAGUACUUCUGCGGCAUCCGGAAGUACCUGCUGAAUGACCCAAUGGAGACCGUGCCGGAGGCACUCGUCCGAUGGAAUCGUUUAUACUGGCUGCACCAAGCUGUCAAGGUGAUUGCUCUACUAGUGGUGUACAAGCUGGUCUUUACGAUCUGGGGCUUCUUCAGCUAAGCGCUAUCGUUCUCUUAGUAUGGAAGUAUCGCGUUUCAUCAUCCCCGCACCCGCAAACAUAAUCAUCGACCAAGAUCAUCACAUUUUCGUUUCGUCUUCGCCGGUGAAGGCACCCAUCGACACAUCACUCGAGGAGAGGAAGAAGACACUGCUCCAACACCCAUAGGGAACCCAUUCAAAGAUUCACAUUUUGCUAGCUUUAGUACCUUUUUUCUUCGGUAAGGAUGAAAAAGUUUGUUCUAAUGGUUAACCGAAUUGUUCUUAAGAUAAGAUAUCGUAAGACAAUAUAUUUUUGUUGUCUAUUUUUCGGGAUUGAUGUAUAAGCUCUCGCUAAUCAAAACAAGAUUCGACUCUUUAAACUCGAAUUAUUAUCCGUGUCAUUCCAACUAAAUUUAGGCGGCAAAGUUUUACCAAGAGGAAAAUGCUUUUUUUCACAUAAGUAUGGGAGCUUCCGUUUCUUGGGCGCCACAUUUGAAAAGAAAAAUAAAACAAGAUAUAGGUAGUACUAUGCUUUGAAUAAGUGUUAAUGUUAAGCAAAAUCCUGUUGUGGUAGGCAUUAGGAACUAAUAUAUACACAUGGUGUGAAGAUUUGAGCCAACCAUUUGACCCGAACAACCUAUCAACUAAGCGUACAACAAAUUUAAAUAGUCGUUCCGGUUUUUGAACGAGAUAUUUUUUUGUAACAAAGUAUGUAUUGUUAAGGACAAUGACCAAUAAAGUAUAAUUUUAGGCAAUGCUCAA